AUGAGUCCAAAUUGUGGACUCAUCAGCACUGCACCAUCUAUAGGAGCUAUGGAGAGAUUCAUACUUGAACAUGGUACUUUCACUAUCAAACCUGUAAUAUUAUACUAUAAGGAUGAAUAUUUUGUGGUGAGAUUUGCGAAUGAGGAAGAGAGGGAUAUGGUACUAUGUUCAGGGCCUCAUUAUCUAAUUCGAAGGCCAAUUAUAAUGAAACCAUGGGUGCCUGAAUUUAAUUUCAAGGAGGAGAUACUGAUCACUAUUCCAUUGUGGGUUAAAUUUCCAAACCUUCCCCUUAACUGUUGGAAUGCAGUGGUACUGAGUAAAAUUGAAAGUAGCCUGGGGAAGUCACUGUAUGCAGAUGAAUGUACAUCCCAAGUGAAUAGAAUUUCAUUUGCAAGAAUUUUAGUUGAAAUGGAUAUCACAAGACCCUUGCGUAAAAUGAUUAAGAUGUAUGAUCCUAAGGGGAAAGUCUUAGAACAACAAGUAUGGUAUUUGGAGUUUGAGGCAAAUCAUGGACUCUACUUGGCAAGAAGGAACAAGGCAGUCAAAAAGCCAGAUGCACAGAUACAGAAAAAAGGAUUGAAUCAAGGUAAGAAAAAAGAAUGGGUUCCUGUUACUGAUAGAGGGAAAGAGCAGAACAAUGAUAUAGGGCAGGAUACAGUACAAAUGCAGGAAGUGAUGGAGCAUCAACAAAGGGAUGAAGUGCAAGAACGGGGAGGGGGGAAGGCGCAUAAUCAAAUCACCAUACUAACAAAACAGGAUAUCACAAUCAUUAGAAGAAUGAAUGAAAUAAAGCAGAAAGUUGUGGGAUUCUACCAAAAGCUAUUAGGGAAGAACACCAGGCACAUGCCAGCUGCACAACCAGAGGUAUUCAAAGUUAGAUCCAGACUCAACAAGAUGCAACAGCUUAAACUUAUUCAAACUUUCACUGAAGAUGAUGUCAAGGCAGCAUUGGGAACUCUAAAGCACUAG